AUGACAUCAGCUGCUCGCCCCACCUUCCACCCCGCCGUCGGCGGGGAGGAUAUCGGAUACUACCGCAUGGAGGCUGGGACGCGUCAACUGUCCGUCAAAGACAUGCCUGGGCAUACAAGGCUGAAGUUCAGAAGGACUCAGGCUCAGAAGUCUCAGGACGAGCUCAAGGCUGAACUCGAGCAGCGAGAGCUCAAGGUGUUGAUGAGCAAGAACACCAGCAAGGCAAGCUCACAGGCGCCCUCCGAGAUGGGAGACAGCAAGAACGCGGAAGCUCCUGCCAUUGAGGAUGUGGAUGAGGAGCGCGAUGCUGAUGACAUUGUCGCUGGAGAUGUUGAUUCGGACGAUUCCUCUGACGAUGAAGAUGAAACGAUGGAGCUGAUGAGGGAGCUUGAAAGGAUCAAGAAGGAGAGAGAAGAGGAUGCAGCCCGCAAGGAGGCUGAGGAAAAGGCUAGAAGGGAGAAAGAGCAACAGGACAUGCUGUUGCGGGGAAAUCCACUUCUUGCAGGGAGCUCCAGUGCUGGAAGCUUCGCCGUAAAGAGGAGGUGGGACGACGAUAUCAUUUUCCGCAAUCAAGCUCGCAACGAGCCGAUGUCAAAGAAGGUUUUGUUAUUGUCGACUUUCAUCAACGAUACGAUCAGAAACGAUUUCCACAAGAAGUUUUUGAACAAGUACAUCAAGUAA